AUGUCGGAAUCACUCCUCCGAGUACCAAGCCCGGAUGACGAAUUGCCGUCGCGCCUUAAGCCGCGCAACGCGGCUCACACCGCCCCGGAUGCGGACGCAGCCUCGGCAUCAGCGGUCAAAGGGGACGACAUCAGAACUGGCUCUCUGACAACCUCGCUUACCCUUCGGACGCGGCCAGCGUCCGGCGAGGUCGUGGAGACUCGCAAGCUCGUUUCACAGAGCCCCUUCUUUGACGUCCUCACACCCGACCUGCGGUACUACAUCUACCGGCUCGCUUUCGGCCGCAAAAUCCUUCAUCUCUACCUACUGUACCGACGCAGCCUUCAGCCCGACGUGCGAUGGCGGAAAGGUCAUCAGCCUGUGCCCGCCUGGUAUCCGCACUCACCGGGCGUGUCGCCCAUGGACCCGCCUUUCGCGGACGCCAGCGUGGUGCCGCAGUGGUAUUGGUGGAGCUGCGUGUGCGGCCCGGACGACCGGCGUCUCGAGUCAAAGCUGUCUGAUCAGUGUCCUAGAGGUUUCUUCCAGACAUGCGGCCCCAAGGAGACGUAUCUCGGCAUCUUGCCCUGGCUGCUGUCGUGUCGGCAGGCGUACGAAGAGACGAUCAAGGUCUUGUACGCGAGCAACACGUUCAAGUUUGAGCAGAGGCUCGAAGCCAUGUACUUUCCAUUCGCCAUCGCUACGCCGCAGCUGAACUGGAUCACGUCGCUCGAGUUUCGGAUACCGGAUCGCGACGAGUCUCUCAUUGACCGGUCUCUCGACAGCGCGCCGCGACCGUCCGCCGGUGCGCCUCUGAUCAAAGACCUCCGCGCCUUGAGCCCUCGCGACCAGUAUCUGCGCAUCGUCGGCAGCAUCACGGCCACCUUCCCUGCCCUGCGCCGACUACACAUCUCUUUUGAGGGCUCUGUCCGCCGGGUCCCUGUGCCGCGGCCGAACGUUACGACGCUUCUCAUCUCCACCCUCGGUGAGGUGGACGCGGACGAGCUCGAGUCGCUCGUGCUGGGUCCUAUAGAUGCCAUGCCCAGAGAUAUUGAGAAGCAAAUUCUGUUCUACCAGUCACUGUAUACGGCGCUGCUGACUGCAGAGAGCCAAAGGGGCGAGGUCAAGGAGGUUGAGCACCUGCGAAGCGACGGCCGCCCGGGGUGGACAAAGUUUUGGCGUUCGUUAGAGACGGCAGAGAGUGGCAAGGCGGGGUACUGGGUCUGCAAGCAUGGUUGA